CUGUCCCGACGAACGGGCUCGGAGCCGCCGUGCCCUCAUCAGAGGAUGAGUUGUCGCUCGCCAUGUCAAAAAUCAUGCGAGUUACUCUGGACUUCGAUACAGCAUGAUGUUGGUAGCGAAGUAUAUAUACAUGAAGGCCUUAGCCUCAGCCCACGCCCGGUACAUGGAUCACGUGACAGCUGGGCUUUGGGCGGAUGGUACCCAUGCACAGCGUUCGCAUCACUGGUAAUUCCCAGAUUAGGUUAUUUCCAGUGCGACGCUUUCGUGCAUUGCUAGUGUUCCGGCCGACUGGCCAACGGUGCAGCUUAGAAUAACCCCCACGUGUGUUCGCAUACCCAGGCCUAACCGGCCGAGAGCCACUGGGCCGGUGAGGUCUCGACGCUUCCUACCCAGAAACCUAACAAAUGGUGAUAUAUGUGAUUCCACACAACCUGCAAGGCGCACCUAAAUAUCUGCACAUCUGAGAAUUCCCUGUCCGUUUGACCACCACGAUGGGCCUCUUCGCGCUCGAAGAGUGGGCGCAAGCCAAUGCAGACUACAACAACGACACGCCGCCAUACUGGCACGCGAAGAUUGUGCCGGACCUCUUCACCGCCAUCUCCGGCAUCCUCUGGUCCGUCUCGUACAUACUGAUGACGCUCAAGGGCUACAAAGACCGCUCGUACGCCAUGCCCAUCUACUGCCUGUGUCUGAACAUCACGUGGGAAUUUGUCUUCGGGUUCAUCUACGGGCCGGGGCUGGUCAACCAGAUUGUUUUCGCGCAGUACAUGGUCGUGGAUGUCUUUCUGUUCCACUCGAUUCUCAAGUUUGGCCCCAACGAGUGGCGCGCGCAUCCGCUUGUGGCGCGCAAUCUGAGCUGGAUCAUCGGCGUCGGGUGCGCGGUGUGUUUGGGCCUGCAUCUUGUGCUGGCUAAGACGUUUGUGCCUGUCAUCGGGAGGCAGGUCAUCUUCUUCACGGCGUGGCCCAUGCAGCAUAUGAUCAGCCUAGGGUGCGUGGCGCAGGUGCUGAGCAGAGGGCACGACGCGGGGCAGUCCAUGGCGAUAUGGUGGACGCGGUUCUUGGGCACGGUGACGGCCGGGUGUUGCUUUUACUGGCGGAUCUACUUCUGGCCUGAGCGUUUCGGGUAUGCGUGGACGCCGUAUGGUGCAUUGUUGUUGGUCGGGAGCCAUGUUUUGGAUUUGGCGUUCCCGUUCGCAUUGGCGUACGUGAGGAAGCAUGGAGAAGGGAGGCAGGAGAAGGUCAAUGGGAAGGCGGCGUGAGUUGUUGGGAACGAGAUGGUGGGUGUACGGUGUGACAAAGGGGCACACACAGGUGCAGUGCAAUACCACGUUUAUGUGGGAUAGUGUGGUCACUUUUCG